GUAUGCAUGCUCUGUCCACCAGGUCUCGAGAUUUGAGAAUUUUAGUCUACUCCAUAAGUCGGGCUCUCUGAAAAAGGCAAGAAAAACAACGGAAAAUUUUCAGUCUGUCCUGCAAAAAACUUUACCAUGAAUUCACCAUGUUUGCAUUCAAGAAACCACACCGGAAUUGUCUGUCUUUGAAUUCCAGAAAAUUGUGGCAUUAAAAGGCGAAUGAAGUGGACGGGAACCGUACAGUAUGUAAAUUUGCUCAUAAAACCAAGCUUGACCUCUAUAAAGCCUAUUGCCUCUACCGACAGAAAUUCCUGGGCCACGAUACCAUGGACCAUGGCCUCUGUUUUAAUGCUUUUUCCUCUUUGCUUUGUGUCUAUGCUUUGGAUGCAUUACUGCAGCUGGGGUCAUCCGUAUACCUUCCCAAUGCCCCAAACCUGUGAAAACUUACUAUGGUGUUCACACCUAUUGUCACUUCCUGGGACAUUGGGAAAUAAAUAGGAGAGAGAAAGGACUUUUUUAUGGAAAGAUUGUAGAUUUGGUCUUGGUUUCAAAUCAAACUACAUCAUUGAAGGUAAAACCAAAUUCUGGUAUGGAAUUUUUGGUAAAGAUGAAAAAUAGUAAAGAUAAAAGAACAGUGUUCAGUCAAUCAAAUAAUAUCAGAUAAUCAUGGGGAAGUUUAGAACUAUAAUCUGAGGACAGAUGUGGACUCAAUGGGACAGAGGUUUGGCAGGUGAGCUAGUUGGGUCCACGACAUGUCAUUGAAUCAAAGCACGCUAACUUUUCGGCUAGGAAAUUUCAGAGCUGGAGGAGAUCACAAAAGAAAAGACAAUAGACAAUUGAAGCAGACAACUGAAUUGAAGAUCCAAGAAACAGCAAUUCCCAAAAGCAGAAGAGGAAAAACAAAAAGAGGAAACUUGAAGAGAUGGAAAGUAAAGGAAGAGUUCUGGGAAGUGUGGAGAAGGAGAGAGAGGGAGAGUAGAGAUGAAAAGAGGAGAAAAAAGUGAAGAAGAGAUAGCAGAAAAGAAGGAAAAUUUGGGGGUAAAGGUGAGAAAGAGGGUGUUGGUGGGGAAAAGAGCGGGGCCUAGUACUCCAUCACCAGCAUGGAGACUUGGGCCUGCGCAAGAUAGCAUCAUUGUGAAUAAAGGAGCUUCUAUUUUCUCUGCUAGAAAGCUUGCUGCCACCCUCUGGGAAAUUCACCACUUCCUUCCUCUUGCUAAAAUGCACAGGGGUGGUGGUGGUGGUGGUCCUCCUCCCCCUCCUCCUCUUAAACUGCGCCACCGCCACCACCUCCACUACAGGGACAAGGGUCUUGAUCUCCCCACCUUACUGACUGACCCUUUUCCUACUUCUCCUGACCAGCCAGCAAGUGCAAGCAGUUUGCGGAGGCAUGUUGCAACAACAUUGAUGCAACAUCGUCGAGCAAAUGAAAGGAACAGUCGUGCUCUGCAGCCUGUAUCUCCUGCAAGUUAUGGUAGUUCCUUGGAGGUGGGACCUUAUAAUCCUGCAGUCACUCCCACCAGUUCUUUAGACUUUAAGGGGGGGAUCGGUGAAUCAAGUUAUAGCCUUAAAACAUCAACAGAUCUCUUAAAGGUAUUGAAUCGAAUAUGGAGCCUGGAAGAGCAGCAUGCAUCCAAUGUAUCACUAAUCAAAGCACUGAAAAUGGAGCUGGGUCAUGCUCGUGCCAGGAUUAAAAGGUUGCUUCGAGAUCAGCAAGCAGAACGGCAUGAAAUAGAUGAUUUGAUGAAGCAAGUUGAAGAUAAACUGCUUAGGAAAAGUAGUAAGGAACAGGACCGAGUCAAUUCUGCAGUUCAGUCUGUGAGGGAUGAACUGGAGAACGAGAGAAAGUUGAGGAAACACUCAGAAAGCCUGCAUCGUAAGUUAGCUCGCGAACUUUCUGAGGUAAAAUCUUCUUUUUCUAAUGCUUUGAAAGAGUUGGAAAAGGAGAGAAAAUCACGGGAGUUGUUAGAAGACCUCUGUGAUGAGUUUGCUAAGGGAAUAAGAGAUUACCAACAGGAAGUGCAUGCCCUAAAACAAAAAUCUGACAGUGACUGGGCUGGCAGGGCUGAUCACGAUCGUUUGAUUCUCCAUCUUUCUGAAUCAUGGCUUGAUGAACGGAUGCAGACAAAGCUAGUAGAAACUCAACUGGGUUCUGCAGAAAAUAACCCAAUACUGGACAAGUUAAGCUUUGAGAUAGAGACAUUCCUUCAAGCUAAACAAAUGCAUACUUCUAAGACUAAUAGCAAUAUGUUGCCAAGAGAACCAACGAAGGAGAGAUAUCUACGCCGGAAUUCUCUAGAAUCCGUCCCUCUACAUGAUGCUGUGAGUGCACCUCAAGAUGCAGGUGAUGAAGAAGCUUCUGCCGGAAGUGAUACAAAUUGUUUCGAGCUAAACAAGCCAACCACCAGCAACUUCAAACCACAUGGAGAUGAACCUGAAGCUCAUACUGAUAGAAUGAUCAAAUCAAAGAAAAAGCUUGUCCCCCAUGAAAGGAUCAAGGGUCGAAAUCCAUCCAGCUUGCAGGUGAAGUUUGAGGAACAGAUGGCUCGGGCCAUGGCCUGCAAUGGAAACAAGACGACCCAGGUUGUGGACACAGAUCAGCAGAGGAAAAUCAGUGAAGGGAUCCCCUUGGAAGCAAGCAUCACCCCAAAACCUGAAAACUGUGAAGCUACAGAAGACAGAUCUUAUGAAAGAAAGAUUAAACACGAUGCAAUAAUCCAAGAGCCAAACUUAAACUACGAUAUCGAUAGCCUGAUAAGGAGCCAGUACUUGUCAUCAGAAGCUGGCAACAUACGUCCCGAGAAUGACGAUGACUGCUGUGAAGCUUCCUUUGGUAACUCUGCAUGGAGAAGCCAUGGAAGUCCAGUCCGAGAAUGGAUGGUGAAACUGACAUCUCCAGAUCUUGACAUACCUGAGUCUUCUUCAAAAUUGGCCCCCAAGGAGAACACAUUGAAGGCAAAACUACUUGAAGCAAGACUAAAGGGUAAGCGCUCAAGAUUAAAGGCUACAAAUACCAAAGGUUCCCUGUAGAUUUAUCAGUUUUGUUUAAGUUAAAAAAGCUUCAAAGAUGCUUAGUUAUUAGGCUUAUGGGUUCGGCUGGAUCUGCCCUUUUCCCCUUUGAGAUUUGUGUUUUUUGCUUACUGGGCUCUCAAUCUGAAUAUUUGAUGUGUUUGAAUAUAUAGCUGUAUCUUGAAUUGUA